GGGCCUUUCUUGGUCACGCUCCCGGACACACCCCCUGGUGGAGGGAGGGAGUGACGUCAGCAAUGCCUCCUCCGCAGGGCGACGUGACUGCUUUAUUCCUGGGGCCUCCAGGCUCGGGAAAGUCUGCACUGAUCUCCGCGUUGUGCGGCAAGAACGUGGAGACUGUAGAGAUCCCCGAAGCACGGCCGGAAUCUGGGGUCCCAAACCUGAGAACUGCGGGCCCCGGCCUCUUCCUAGGCGAGCUGAGCUGCCCACCCGCGGCGCCAGGGCCCUGGGCUGCCGAGGCCAACGUGUUGGUAUUGGUACUACCCGGACCUGAAGGGAACGGGGAGCCCUUAGCCCCAGCUCUGGGAGAGGCAGCGCGGGCUGCCCUGGCUCGAGGGACCCCGUUAUUGGCUGUGCGGAGUCUGCGUCCUAGCGAGUCACAGAAUGAGGUCCUGGCCCGGGAUCAGACAGAGGCCUUGCUGGACAGCGCCGGGUUAGGAGCGGCUUCCCUUUUCGUGUUGCCGGUGGACUACGGCAGCGGCGACCACUGCGAGGAGCUAGAACGCCUGCGGGCGGCGCUGCGGAGCCAGGCCGAGGUGCUGCAGAGGUUCCUGCCACCGGCCCAGGAUGGUUUCGAGGUGCUGGGCGCUGCGGAGCUGGAGGCGGUGCGUGAGGCCUUUGAGACUGGUGGCCUGGAGGCGGCAUUGUCAUGGGUGCGAGCCGGCCUGGAGCGCCUGGGCAGCGCCCGGCUGGACCUGGCAGUGGCCGGCACCUCCAACGUAGGACUUGUGCUGAACGAACUACUCGGGUUGGAUCCUGGGGACCCAGGAGCUGUGCCUGCUACAAUGCCCACGGUGCCCACCGCCUUCCCGGCCCCCGAGCGCCCCAAUGUGGUGCUGUGGGCCAUCCCUCUGGACCCCAUGGGGGCGACCCCCGCCCCCACCUCUCACCCGAGCCACUACGACGCCCUCAUCCUCGUCACCCCUGGGGUCCCCACGGACAACGACUGGGCCCAGGCCCGUGGAUUGGUGUCGCCCGAUGCGCCGCUGGUGUGUGUGCGAACCGAUGGCCAGGGCGGGGAUCCCCCCGAGGCACGGGUGGACGAGGACACGUGGGAGAAGCGCAGUGGCGGGGACGGCGGCGGGCACCUGAGCAGCCCGGGCGAGAAGGUGGGGGAGAAGCCUGGCGCCGGAUCGCCAGGUUUGGAGGCGGGUGGCGGCGAUCGCGCGCGGGCCACUGAUGCCCGGACCUCGGGCAGCGCCGAGUCCGAUCGCGGGGGGCCCUGCAGCCCCGAGGACGAGACGUGGGAGGCCCUGGAGGAGAUGCGGGCGGACGCCGAGGCAGUGCUGGCGCCUCCCGAGCCCACCCCGUGA